AUGAGCACCACAACACUCACCCAAGCCCCCGCCCCCGUCUCCACCUUUAACUCUACCCCCACCCCCACCACCGCAGCAGCACCCACCCACCCACCCCACGGCGACGUCCCCACAGUCAUCAACUUCCACCCCCCCACCACCAUUGACGGCGCCCCCCCUUACCUCAUCGUCGAAGACCUACAGAGCAACUUCUCCACCAUCCCGCACCCCGUCACCAUCCACGACCUCCGCGGCCUCGAGGCCGACUUCAACCUCGACAAGCAGGCCUUCCAGCCCGUCCUCGACGUCCCUUCCACCGAAAAGGACUUCACCGACGACGCCAAGAUCGAGCGCGAGUACUACCCCGAGAUCACGGCCAUCCUGAAGAAACACGUCCCCGGCAUCGAGGAGGUCGUCAUCUUCGACCACACGGUGCGGCGCGCGGGGCCCGACGCCAAGCGCCCGCCGGUCAUGCGCGCGCACAUCGACCAGAGCGUGCCCGCGUCGUACCAGCGCAUCCGGCGCCACCUGCCCGCCGAGCGCGCCGAGGAGGUCAUUGCCGCGGGCACCCGCGUGCGCAUCAUCAAUGUGUGGCGCCCGAUUGGCGGGCCGGUGGUCGAUAGCCCGCUCGGAUGCGCCGACAGCAGGACUGUGGAGGAGGCGGAUGUGGUGCCGGUCAGACACAUCCUCCCGGAUCGCGAGGGGAGCACGCUGGGGGUCAAGUUCCGCGAGGGGCAGAAGUGGUGGUAUUGGAGUGGCAUGAGGGAUGAGGAGGUGCUGCUGAUUAAGUGUUUUGACACCGAUACGGUUGUGGGUGGGGGCGCGGAGGGGAGGAGGGGCAGGACGCCGCAUUCGGCGUUUGUGCACCCGGGCACGCCGGCGGAGAAGAAGGGGGGCAGGGAGAGCAUUGAGGUCAGGUGCUUGGUGAUUGGAUAG